CACAACAUGGUCGAGGAUGAAAAGCAAUGCAGAGAGGAGUGUCUCAAUAAGUGCCAAUGCCGAGCUCAUUCCGUUGUGAAGGGGGAAGUCAAUAUGUGAAGGGACGGACCGCCUAGCGACAACAUUUGCUUGAUCCGGAUGGAUGAUCUUAAAGAUCUUCAGGAGGAAUAUUCUUAUGGUGGGCCCGAUCUCUUUGUUCGUGUCACCAAUGCUGACACAGUUGUCGAUGGACAAGCAGGAGGAUAUUCGAGAAAAAAGAAACCAUUGUCUUUGAUUGUAGGAGUUACAAUUGCUAGUGUCAUAGUUCUAUCAAGCAUCUUCCUUUACAUCUGCAUUUUGAUGAGAAAGAAGGCCAAACGACGAGAAAGCCAGCAAAUUACUGAAAGAAAUGCAGCUCUUUUGUAUGGCACUGAGAAACGGGUCAAGAACUUGAUAGAAGCAGAAGAGUUCAAGGAAGAAGAUAAGAAGGGCAUAGAUGUACCUUUCUUUGAUUUAGACAGCAUACUAGGGGCUACGGAUUAUUUUUCAGAAGCAAACAAGCUUGGAAGAGGGGGCUUCGGACCUGUUUACAAAGGAAAAUUUCCAGGAGGUCAAGAAAUUGCAAUAAAACGACUCUCUAGUGUUUCAGGACAAGGCCUAGAGGAGUUUAAGAAUGAGGUGAUUUUGAUUGCUAGAUUGCAGCAUCGCAAUCUUGUCAGACUAGUAGGUUACUGCAUAAAAGGAGAUGACAAGAUUUUACUCUAUGAAUAUAUGCCCAACAAAAGCUUAGAUUCCUUCAUAUUUGAUCGAGAUCUCGGAAUGUUACUGAAUUGGGAGAUGCGCUUUGAUAUCAUUUUAGGAGUUGCUAGAGGUCUUCUUUAUCUCCACCAAGAUUCUAGACUCAGGAUUAUUCAUCGUGAUAUGAAAACGAGCAACAUUUUAUUAGAUGCGGAAAUGAAUCCCAAAAUUUCUUACUUUGGAUUGGCAAGAAUGUUCGAAGGCAAGCAAACCGAAGGGAGCACCAACAGAGUUGCUGGAACUUACCUCCAAUCCUACAAUCAUGUCUUGGUUAACGCUGAAUUAGUGAUGCAUUCAUGGUUGAUGGUAAGAAGAGGUCUUAACCAGAGAGAUCUACGUGCAAUGCAUAGCAUGCUAUCAACCGUUUUCUUUUCUUAUGCAUUCUUAUUAUGCUCCUUCCUUGUAUGUUGCUUUGCUCGAGAUACCAUCACAUAUGCUGGUAAUUUGACUAGUCAUGAUGGUGGAGAAACUCUUGUUUCAGCAGGAAAAAGGUUUGAACUGGGGUUCUUUACUCCUGAACAAAACGAAAGGUACGUAGGAAUUUGGUAUUACAGGUCGAAUCCACGAAUAGUUGUGUGGGUUGCCAAUCGAAACAGCCCACUUCUUGAUGAUGGAGCAGUUUUGGCUGUCACAGAUGAUGGAAACCUCAAGAUUUUGGAUAAAAAUGGAGAUCCUUUUUGGUCUACAGAGCUUCAAUCAACAUCAAAACCAGGGUAUCGGUUGGCUAAGCUCUUAGAUUCUGGGAACUUGGUUUUUGGUGAUAGCAAUACCCUUUUGACAACUAUUCUAUGGCAAAGCUUUGAACAUCCAACUGAUACAUUCCUUUCAGGUAUGAAGAUGAGUGGGAAACUAAAAUUGAUUUCAUGGAAAAGUCAAGUUGAUCCAAAAGAAGGUAACUUCACAUUUAAGCUAGAUGAAGAAACGGACCAGUUUGUUAUCUCCGAUGGCAGUAUAAAGCGCUGGACUAGUGGGGAGUCAAGUGAUUUCUUUAGACCAGAAAGAAUGCCUGGUGUUAUAGAAUAUUUUCUGUCGAACUUCACCAGAGGUUUUGAAUCCAUUUCUGUUUCUAAUCCAACUUCAAUACUCAACGGAAUAAAUCUAUCACUCUCAAAUUUUAGUGAUACAAGGAUUAGGUUGGACGUUAAAGGGGAGCUACAAUACUUGAGCUAUAACACAAAUGGGUCUAAGCUAUGGUGGGAGCCGAAAGACAAAUGCAGUGUGUAUAAUGCCUGUGGGAACUUUGGCAGCUGCAAUCUCUACAAUAAAUUGGCUUGCAGAUGUUUGCCAGGAUUUGAGCCUAAGUCACUGGAAAAUUGGAAAAAUGACAAUUUCUCCAGUGGUUGUAGCAGAAGCUCUGACCCAUGUGUGAAGAAGAACACCUUCUUGAGCUUCAAGACGAUGAAAUUUGGGCAACCAGAGAAAAAAUUUGAGGUCGACGAUGAAAAACAAUGCAGAGAGGAGUGUAGCAGUAACUGCUUAUGCCAAGCUUAUUCCUUUGUUAAGGUGAAUGUCAAUAUGCGAAGGGACAGACAACCUAGCACUUGCUUGAUCUGGAUGGAUGAUGAUAUUAUUAAAGAUCUCCAGGAGGAAUAUUCUUAUGCUGGGCCCGAUCUCUUUGUCCGAGUCGCCACUUCUGAUAUAGAAUCAAAGGCUAGAAGUUGUGAGCCUUGUGGCAUGAAUGUGAUUCCUUAUCCUCUAAGUACUGGAUCAGAUUGUGGUGACCCCAUGUACUUCAGAUUCCACUGCGAUAAUUCCAUAGGAAAACUCAGCUUUAAGACACCCAGCGGCACCUAUAAUGUCACUACCAUCAAUCAAUAUACAAGAACAUUUCUUAUCCGAGACAAAGAUGUAGAUGAUUGUAAUGACGGUACAAGAGGUCAAAUUCAGAAUUUCAACACGUCAUCUCCAUUUAAGUUGAACGCCUCUAAACGCUGGUGUGCCUCCAAUGUUUCAUCUCAAGGUCUGGUAGAAAUAGAUAUUGGUUGGGAGCCACCUCCAGAGCCAGUCUGCUCUUCAUCUUCGGACUGCGACGAUUGGCCAUAUUCAACUUGCGAUGGAACAGGAAAUGGUACAGCGAGAUGCCUCUGCAAUUCAAAUUUUUGGUGGGAUGGCAUAGCUCUAAGGUGCGUUCAAGGAGGAUCUUCGAGAAAAGAGAAACCAUUGUCUUUGAUUGUAGGAGUAGCAAUUGCUAUUGUCAUAGUUCUAUCAAGUAUCUUCCUUUACAUCUGCAUUUUGAUGAGAAAGAAGGCCAAACGACGAGAAAGCCAGCAAAUUACUGAAAGAAAUGCAGCUCUUUUGUAUGGCACUGAGAAACGGGUCGAGAACUUGAUGGAUGCAGAAGAGUUCAAGGAAGAAGAUAAGAAGGGCAUAGAUGUACCUUUCUUUGAUUUAGACAGCAUACUAGGGGCUACGGAUUAUUUUUCAGAAGCAAACAAGCUUGGAAGAGGGGGCUUCGGACCUGUUUACAAAGGAAAAUUUCCAGGAGGUCAAGAAAUUGCAAUAAAACGACUCUCUAGUGUUUCAGGACAAGGCCUAGAGGAGUUUAAGAAUGAGGUGAUUUUGAUUGCUAGAUUGCAGCAUCGCAAUCUUGUCAGACUAGUAGGCUAUUGCAUUAAAGGGGAUGAAAAGAUUUUACUCUAUGAAUAUAUGCCCAACAAAAGCUUAGAUUCCUUCAUAUUUGAUCGAGAUCUCGGAAUGUUACUGAAUUGGGAGAUGCGCUUUGAUAUCAUUUUAGGAGUUGCUAGAGGUCUUCUUUAUCUCCACCAAGAUUCUAGACUCAGGAUUAUUCAUCGUGAUAUGAAAACGAGCAACAUUUUAUUAGAUGCGGAAAUGAAUCCCAAAAUUUCUGACUUUGGAUUGGCAAGGAUGUUCGAAGGCAAACAAACCGAAGGGAGCACAAACAGAGUUGUUGGAACUUAUGGCUACAUGUCGCCAGAAUACGCAUUAGAUGGCUUAUUCUCUGUCAAAUCUGAUGUCUUUAGUUUCGGCAUCGUUGUGCUUGAGAUUCUUAGUGGGAAAAGGAACACGGGAUAUUUUAAUUCUGAUGAAGCCCAAAGCCUUCUAGCUUAUGCUUGGAGAUUAUGGAGAGAAGACAAGGCAUUGGAUUUAAUGGACGAGACAUUACGUGAGAUUUGCAACACCAAUGAGUUUCUGAGGUGUGUAAAUGCUGCACUCUUAUGCGUACAAGAUGAUCCAUCCGACCGUCCGACCAUGUCAAAUGUUGUUGUGAUGCUUAGCAGUGAAACUGCAAACUUGCCGGUUCCUAAGAAACCAGCCUUUUUUAUACGAAGAGGCCUUUCUGGCACAGCUUCUUCUUCAAGUAAACAAGGAACAGGCCUUUUUGGCACAGCUUCAUCUUCAAGUAAACAAGAAACAAGCUUCGAUACAACGAUUGCUUCGGAUGAAGGGAGAUAAUUUCCUGUCAAUUUGCAUAAAAUCUUGGAAAGUUUCUCAAUCUUCAAAUGGAAAGGUUUCUUUUUUUUUUUCCUGGUGAAAUCUCAUGUUUUUCCAUGACAGAAUUCAUGUCUAAUUAGUCCUUCUGUUCUGAAUUUGUAAUCAAAACUCUCUCAGAACUUCAUUAUUGUAUCUGUGUAAUUCCCCGUAAACAAUUGUUCCUUCAAGUGUUCUACGUUGUUAUUA